AUGCAGCAGCAGUUACUACUAUCCCAGAAGCAGCAGCAACAGCAGCAGCAGCAGCAGCAGCAGCAACAGCAGCAGCAACAACAGCAGCAGCAGCAGCAGCAACAGCAGCAGCAACAUCAGCAGCAGCAUUGCUGCGGAGGCAGCAGCAGCAACAACUGCUGUGGGGGGUGGGGCCGCCCAGCUUCUGCCCGCAGCUGCUGCUGCAGUCUCCCCCCCCCGUGUGCCUGCUGCCGCGAUGCUGCUGCAGCAGCAGCAGCAGAACCAGCAGCAGCAGCAGCAGCAGCAGGAGCAGGAGGAGGAGCCAAAGCAGCAGCAGCAGCAGCAGCUGCUGCUGCUGCUGCUGAAGCAGCAGGUUGCUGCUGCAGUGGCUCCCCGGGGGCCUCAUCGAGAAGCAGCAGCCUCUGCAAUGAGCUGCAGCAGCUGCGGAAGCUGCUGCAUGAAACCCCUUAUCCUGCUGCUGCUGCUGCUUCUGCUGCUGCUGCUGCUGCUGCUGCUGCUGCUGAUACCAACGCAAGAGACACAGAAGAAGCAGCAGGCCGCUGCCUCUGCUGCGGUGCUCCUGGGGAGAGACUGCGGGCUCAGCAGCACCAGCUGCUGCUGCUGCAGCAUCAGCAGCAGCAGUUGCUGCAACAGCAGCAGCAGCAGCUGCUGCAGCAGCAGCAGCAGCAACACUCUGCAAGUUGCUGCUUAAGCUUAGCUGCUGCUCCGCUGGCCCCCCACUGCUCGCCGUGCCCCCAAGGCAGCUUCCCUCUAGCAGCAGCAUCACCAUCUGCUGCUGCUGCUGCUGCUGCUGCUGCUGCUGCUGCUGCUGCUGGUGACUGCAGCAGUCAGCUGCCUACAGGACCCCCGCUGCUGCAGUCGAGGCUAGGGCUUUCUGCUGCUGCCAGGAGUGGCCAGCUGCGGGAGAGUGUUGCAGCAGCAGCAGCAGGAACAGCAGCAGCAGCAGCAGGAACAGCAGCAGCAGCAGCAGCAGCAAGAAAGGCUGCAGCAUCUACAAGGUCCUCCAGCUCUCCUGCAAAGCCUCUCUCAGCUCGCCAGCAGCAGCAGUUUGCUGCUGCUGCUGCUGCUGCUGACAGCUGCAGCAGCGCAGCAGCAGGAAGUGCUGCUACCCGGGCAGCACUGAGACGCAUGCAGCAGCAGCAGCAGCUGCUGCAGCAACAGCAGCAGCGGCAGCAGCAGAAGGCAGCAGCACUGCAGCACUACAACAGAGCAACCCUAGGGAGAAAGAUUUGCUUCUUUAAGGAAGAGCCGCUGCAGCAGCGAGAACCACCUGCUGCUGCUGCUGCUGCUGCUGCUGCGGCCCAAACAACAGCAGCAGCAGCAGCACGAAGAGCAGCAGCAGCAGCAGCAGCAAAAGCAGCAGCAGCAGCAAACCGUCUUGGUUCCCCUGAGAAGCUGCUGAAGCCGCAGAGGCGGCGAGUUGCUUCUGCUGCAGCACCGCAAGGUGGAGCAGCAGCAGCAGCAGCAGCAGCAGCAGCUGCUGCUGCUGCUGCAAGGGUUGCUGCAGCACGGAAAGCAGCAGCAGCAGCACGAGAUGUGUCUCCUCCACUGUCUCUUCUGUCUCCUUGCAGCAGAGUGGCGAGGCGGCGCAGCAGCAGCAUAUUCAGCAGCAGCAGCAGCCACAAGGAUUUAGCAGCAGCAGCAGCAGCAGCAGCAGCAACAGCAGCAGAAGCACGGCUGCUGCUGCGGGAUACACAAAAAGGAGACAGUUUGGCUCUGUCUCCAUCAACAACAUUGUUGGGGUCUCCUGCUUCUCCCGCUGCUGCUGCUGCUGCUGCUGCUGCUGCAGCCUCCCCUUCAGCAGCAGCAGCAGCAGCUGCUGCUGAGGCCCGCCUCCGGGCUCUGCGUUCGCGUAAGAUGAAGGCAGCAGCAGCAGCAGCUGCUGCUGCUGCUGCUGCUGCUGGUAGGGGACGCAGCACAUUCUCCCCCCUUGAGAGGAGAAGACACAGGAGCAGCAGCAGCAGCAGCAGCAGAGCUGCUGCUUGGGGAGAGCGCAGCCCUUGGGGUUCAGCAGAAGCAGCAGCAGAAGCAGCAGCAGCAGCAGCAGCAGCAGCUGAGGCUGCUGCUGCAGCAGCAGACAUCAACGAGGUGUCUCCGCAAGGCAGCAGCUGCUGCUACAGCGGCAGCCCCUGCAGCAGGGGCGGGGGUUGGUCUUCUGUGUUGCCGUCGAGGCGCAGCAGCAGCAGCAGCAGCAGCAGCAGCAGCAGCAACAUCAGCAGCAGCACCUGUCUUUUACAUACAGCAGCAGAAGCAGCAGCUGCUGCUGCUGCUGCAGGCCGCUGCAGCAACACAGACUUGCUGCUGCCACCAAUCGAACUGUCUCCUUGUCACAGCCACCGCAGUCCCUAA